CGACUCGAUUCAUUCAUUCUUUGUCGUCAAUCGUCGCGAUCCUGAUCGUUGCGUUCCAGGACAUCAUCCAGCGACGAACAACCCAAGCCAAGCCAACCCAAGCCAACCCAACCCAACCCAAGCCACACCACACCACACCACACCACACCGUACGGUAUACCAAAGACACCCAACAACCAACGCAGGGCAAGGGCCGUCGCCUCGUUGUCGGAAGAUGAGUGACACAGGGACCGGCGUCCCAACUGCACCGUCGAUUCCCGCUACGGACGCUCCGAACACUAACGCCGCAAGCACAGACGGUGUCGGCACCGACGGUCCAGCGAGCGGCAAGGGUCGUUCUCCGGGAAUCCAUCCAUCGGGGAACAAAAACAAGCGGGGUCGCCACCACCGAAGAAACAGCAACAGCAACAGCAACAGCAACAGCAACAGCAACAGCAACAGCAACAGCAACAGCAACAGCAACAGCAACAGCAACAGCAACAGCAACAACAGCAAGAAGAAACCCAGUGGCAGCUCUGGUUCGUCUGCUCCCACUGGCAGAGGCAACCAUGCGAGGCAACCGAACCACGGCAACAGCAACGGCAAAAGCAAAAGCAGCCACCAAAAACCCCUGUCGGACAAAAGGCUGUCCCAUUCGCUGUCGUGGGCGCUCCGGCACGCUGCCCUCGACCUAGGCCUGAGCAUCCGACCCGACGGCUUUGUCCCGGUGCGGGAACUCCUCGACUCCACCCACCCGAAACUAAGGGGGGCCACGCUGGAAGCCAUCCGAAGGGUGGUCGAACACAGCGACAAGCAGCGCUUCCGGCUCGAGGACCGGCCGGGGGACCUGUACCCGUCCGCCGGCGAAGGGCAAGGGGAGACGGUCCUCUGCAUACGGGCGAACCAGGGCCACAGCAUUUCCACCAUCGACCCGGAGCUCCUGCUGACCAGGAUCCCUCCCGAAACCCUGCGGUCGCUCCCCCGCAUCGUGCACGGGACGAACCCUUGGGCGUGGGAGUCCAUCUUGAGGGACGGCGGCCUCCGGAAGAUGAACCGGACGCACAUCCACUUUGCUCCGGGCCUCCCAUCGGAGACAAGCGUGGUGUCGGGCAUGCGCAAGACCGCGUCGGUGUACAUCUACGUGGACGCCGAGAAAUGCGCGAAGGAAAGCCGGAUCGACUUCUUCCGGAGCGACAACGGCGUGCUGCUGACCGACGGCGUUGGGGACAGCGGGGUGCUGCCGGUCGAAUUCUUUUCCCACGCCACGGAUUCGUCGGGCGAGAUACUCCUGGACAAUCGGACAAAGCCGGCCACUUGACGAUCGCAAGCGACCAGCACAGCAUUUUUCAAUCCACCAUCGAACGCAUCGCAUUCGCCAACAACAAACACACCGAUCGAUCGAUACUGUACAGUCAAACAAACAAAAAAUGCCGAU